UACAUCCCUAAUAGCCAUAUGCUCAAUUAGAGCAACUUGAGCCACAUUUUGACUGAGUACACUUUGCAAUGCAGAUUGUAGAGCAGUGAGUGAAGCACAGGUUAGUCUCAAGGCUGGGCAUGGAGCUCCUCGCAGCAAUCACCAAGAAAUAUUACAUACAAAGAGAGAGAGCUGCCACUAUCCAUUUUUCACCCCAACACUAUCUCGUAAACAAAACAAACCACAACUCAAGGAAGGAAGGCACCCAAGUUUUGCCUUUUUUCAAUCUGAGAUCUAGCAAAACUAGAUAGUUAUAGCAGCAGUAGCACAGCAUAUUAUACUCAGGGCUGAGAAAACCACAAAAACCUCCCCUCCUGUCCUACAGUCCUAGUAAAGGUAAAGUGUGCCAUCAAGUCGAUUUCUACUCCUGGCGCCCACAGAGCCCUGUAGUUUUCUUUUGGUAGAAUACAGGAGGGGUUUACCAUUGACUCCUCCCGCACAGUAUGAGAUGAUGCCUUCCACUUCUUCCUGUAUCGCUGCUGCCUGAUAUAGGUUUUUCCCAUAGUCUGGGAAACAUACCAGCGGGGAUUCGAACCAGCAACCUUCUGCUCAUUAGGCAUUUCCCCACUGUGCCACUUAAGGUGAUGUACCUAGUACUUAAUCCCUUCCUCAAAUGAGGCCCUAUUUAAAGAAUUCAAACCUGACCGGGGGGGGGGUGGUGCUUAGCUUCUGGCGUUUUCUGCAGGAAUCUCACCAGGUGCUGCUUCUGAGGCACUCAGGCUGAGCAGACACUGGUAAUAGUUGGGGGCAGGGCUGGUUGGCACCAGGUGGGCACCCACCCCAAAAAAGCAGAAAGGAAAAAGCUGGGAAGGAGGAAACCCCUGCAAAUACCAGGGAAAUACCAGAGAGAAAGAAAUCACAUAAUACACCAGCCUACAAAAACAAAAAAAUGAAAUUUAAUCCAGACACAGAGCAGCAGUAAUGGUGCCGUUUGGGGCUGCAAAAGGAAAAGGUAAAACAGCACAGCACCCCAAUUAUUAAAGCCACUAGGGGCUGGCUAAAAGUAGAAGAAGAAAUCCACAAAAGGAAAAAGAAAAAUCCGCAGCAGCUGCCCCGUUAGGGGGUGGGAGGAGAGAGCCAGGAGGCGCUCUUUGUAUCUUUCUCCACUGGGCCAGACAGAUCAGGCCUCCACCACCCAUCUGCUCUCUGCUGCUGCAGUUUCUCUCUGACCCUUCUUCUGAUAUAUCCUCUUGCCUCUUCAAGAGAGGCACAGUAUAAAGGGCUCUCUCUGCCUCCCACUCCCCUUAAAUACAUUUUGAAACUCCUUCCUUUUGGGUACCUCCCUCCCUCCCCCUAGCCAAUGGGGCCAUGACAUAUUUGAUUUGUUUCAUAACAAGCCAACUAAAUAGCAAGGAGAUCGGAAGCCAAUGCCAGAAAACCAGUCAGCAAGGGGAAACCAGGCAUCCAGUAUGGUGUUCCGAGUUCGAAACAGACCCUUUAUUUUAAAAACGGCCCGAUUUGAGAUAUUUCACCACUGAAACAUUCUGCACAUCCCUAGUUGUUUGCUACUGUGACCUAUUUACCUUUGAAAUAUAGUGUGAAAGCUCACAUUGUAGCUCUGUUAGGCUAGGUCAUGCUUGUGAAACUAGCUUUUGAAUGAAGUCCAAGGACGAAGGGCAAAAUGUAUAGCCGCAAAGAAUAAGAAGUUGUGUGUACUAUGUCUGUGUUAAGAGUCCGAGCUUCUGCAAAUGUUGAUAGUUACAGAUAUUCAUGGGUAGUCAUUUAAAAAAUGGAAAAUGUUUUCUAAUAAUAGCAUUAUUAUUCACCAACCAUGUGAGAUGUGUCAUUGUUGUUCCAACUACUAAGAUGUCCUUUCAUGCAAUUUUUGCAGGAUAGGAUAUGAAAACAUGGCUGUAAAGAUGAAUUGUAACUCAGUGGGUAGAGAAGUUUUAAAAUGCCUCACUUUGGGCCCUACUUACUCUAAUUCUCCUCUCAUACAUCCUGCUUUUUCAGUCCUCCCUUCAUGUGGCUCUCUUGUUUCCCCAUUGCCUCAUCCUUGCCUCCUGACCCAGCUACUUCCACCCCACCUUGUCCCCAGUUUCCUCCCCAGUCCCCACAAGCUUGCCGCAUACCAGCUUUCUUUCCUUGCCCCUUCUGUUUUUUGGGAGCUCUUGAGGCAAUGACACGAGGUACAGCAUUUUCUUAUCUCUAUUUCCUCUAAGGUCCUGGAGGUCCUUUUAACUGACAAACUUACAUAUUUCUGCAAACUUAUAUAUUAUAUACUUACAUAUUUCUGCAUACCUAAAUAGCACGCACAUGGCCUACGUGCAUGCGUGGUCAGCAUGGUGCUGUUGUUGUGAACCAAGCCUGAUUUUGUGCUCAGGAGAUAGCAGAUGAAAUUAGUCUGGCUUCACCAGUGUCACAAAGUGACCAUUUCUUUUAUACGGUGACCAUGUAUAGUCUGAGCGCAAGAAAGAAAGGAGAUCAAAGCAAGCCUAAAUGAUUCAAUGGGCUUUAUUGAGUAUAAAAGAAUAACAACAUCAAUCUAGCUGAGCAGAAAACAGAACAAUCUAUCGGUAUUACUAACAAUAUUUCAACCAUAGCCAGCAACAAUAUUCACCCAGUGUUCCUAACUAACAUAUGUGUGUGUAUUAAAUCUAUGUAGAGCCUAAUAUAAUUCAGAUAUAGAUGGAAAAAGGACGGCGGGUAAGGAAGGUUGAGGACUGGCAUGGGUUGGGGAGAUCAGGAAUUAGUAGAGGGAAGAGGGGGAAGGCGAAGAAGGGGAAAGGAUGGAGGGAUCCAAGGCUUGUGGAGCAGCAUAUUACCAGGGCCAGAGGCUUGAAAGCGGUGGCUUUCAGCUGAAGGAGAGAGGCUGUAGCUGGAGACAGGAGCUUGGAAGUGAGGUCAAGCAGUCAAUUUGCUCAGAGCGAGGCAGGAGUGAGAGCACUAUGGCUGGGGAAGUCUUGACUUCUCACUGUGCAGCAGAAGUCACAGACAGUUCCUGUCGAUGGACAGAGUUCCUGCUUGUUGCCCCGCGGCUUAGCAGCAAACUCUGGGAUGGCUCUUGAGCAAGUAUGCUUGUUAGGCAAGAUUGCUGCCUCUGUCCAGUAAGCCUCAUUCUUUACAGUUGUAUCUUCCUUUGAUCUCCAUAGAUUCAAAAUAUGCUCACCCUUCCUGGGUCCCCCAAAAGGUGACAAUUUGCUGUUACCUUCUGUAGAUUGUCUUUUAAUUAUUCCGGAUAUUAGCCCAGUCCAGGGAGAUCUGAAUCCCAUCUUCUGUAAGCUGAUACUUAGGGGAGAGACAUUCUACUUUGCCCAAAGCAAAUCUGCAUCUCUGAGCUGUAAAUGGGCAUCUUCUCUUGUCCCCAGAUUUCUGGUGCUUGGUCCCAGAAGGUGUUAAAAGGUGUUAGUAAAGUAAGAACUAAAAUCUAUAGGUGUUUUCUUUGUGUGCAUUUACCUAGAGUGGAAUUUCUAUAGACAGCAACUGAGUGUCCCCUUUGGGCAUAGCAGAGCAAUUAUUGACAAGGAUUAACAUAGACCUUGCAGGAGGAAGUGAGAGCUCAGCUUCUCACUUCUUCCAGACAUUAUCUGAUAAUGGGUUAGAUUUUAACAUUUUGAUCACUCAGUCCUGGCCUUUGUGUUUCUUUGAAUACCCAUUUCACAAUACAGUGCUGGGUUGCCUCUUUCUUCGCAGAGCAGUUAGCAGAGGCAGUCAUGAGACCUGGGUGUCAGUCCACCUUGAGUUCAGGCAUUAAUUCAUUCCUUAAUAAAAUGGAAUCAGACACAGGCCUGAAUUCCAUAUAAUUCUGGGUUGGUACCUCUGGGUCUAAUGUUGGGGUCAGGGGGUCCCCAACACUGUUGCCCAUGCAAAUGGCUUCUGCGCAUGUGUGGAGGCUAUGUGCAUGCUGGUGCCACACGCGGGCUGUUAGAAGUAGCACCAUCGCUGCAUGAAGCUGCAUGAGGUGGUGGAGAGCAGCAAUGGUCUGUAGUGGCAAGAAUGGUGGGCUCCAUCUGAAACAGAUUUCUUAUUACAAACAAACAGGCGGAUAUCACCCCACAACAUUAGCAAGUGAAAGAAGUGGAAUAAGAAGAGCAGCCAAAAAGUUUAUUUUCAAAGACAAUAAGCUGUUCUAUGUGGGAAAAGACAAGAGACAAAUGCGACGGGUAAUUGUUUCAGAUGAAGAGAAAGUGUUAGAAAGAUGCCAUGAAAAUCCUGCAGGUGUUCAUCAUGGCAUAUCAAGAACACUGACCUUAGUGGAAUCUCAGUACUAUUGGACAUCAGUAACCAGCGAUGUCAAACAGUGGGAGUAUGCUUGCCAGCAUUGCAAAGUAGCAAAGAAUGUGACCGUUGAAGCCCCUAAAUUUCAUACUAUUAAGGCAGAAGAGCCAUGGACUGUAGUUACUAUAGAACUAGUGGGACCUUUCAAUGCCACCAACAAAAACCAUCUGUAUGUCAUCCUCCUGACCGAUGUCUUCACCAAAUGGGUUGUGGUUAUGCCACUGCAUGACCUUUCAGCAGCUGAAGUGGCCAAGGCAAUUGUUAAUGCAUCUUUCUCAUAUGGACCGCCUCAGAAAAUAGCUAUAGAUCAGGGAGAAGAGUUUGUUCAUCAGAUCAACUGUGAGCUGUUUGAACUCUUUGGGACAAAGGAACUAAUAAUAUCGGAUUCUCAAACUGAUUAUGCAAAUGAGAUUGGUGGGACAAUCAGAUCUUUCCUUCUCAAAUACUGUAUGCAACACACCAGAGACUGAGAUGAUCACUUACCAGCUAUUGCAUAUGCUUUCAACUUGAUUCGCUCGGAAACUAACCAGAACACACCCUAUUUCCAAAUGUUUAAUCGUAAGCCUUACAUGCCUUCAACUUUAAGUGUGGUUCAAGGAGAGAGUGACUGCAUGUUCACCAGAAUCCUAACUGCAAUUAAACAAACUGAAACUAGAAUGCAGGAAAGAACAGCUUCAAGUUGUUUCCCCCUCCUUAGAAUAUGAAAAAAAAUGCCUGUGGAUCAGCAGAGUGCAAACAAGGUUCACCUGAAGAAGAAGCAGAAGCAGGUGAAUCCAUUUCUGCUUCAAGUUGGACAUGAAGUUCUUAGACAAAAGAAAAAUUGGUGGAAAGAUGGCCGUUUCCAGUCAGAAUGGGUUGGUCCUUGUAUAAUAGACUAUAUUACUGAUGAUGGCUGUGCAAUAUUAAGAGAUGCUGCAGGUCCAAGACUUAAAAGGCCAAUCAAAAUAUCUCAUCUGAAGCCAUAUACAAGAGGAUCAAACAAACCAGAUGGCAGCUACGUCUGGCAAAAUCUCGUCAUGAUUGACCAUGACUAUGUUGGUUCACCAGAAACUUCCACUAAGAAAAGUCCACAAGAUGUAUUCUCUGAAAAAGGAGUUCUUCCUCCUGACCCUGAUAAUGCCCUUCUGGACAAGGACCAUGUACCAGAACGCAGAAGUGGUGCACAGCCAGAAUGUACAGAUCCAGAUACCCCUACGUCGGCUACUACAAAUCCAAAGAAGUGGCCUGCAGCUUUCUGGACUCUUCAAAGUAAAAUGGAGGUUACUUGAGUCCAGUAUAGUGAAGCUUAAUUAGAGUAAAUGGUACUAAAUUUGGCAAAGUCAUGUCAAGGAUUCUUACCAGCCAUGGUUUCCUUUGCUAAGAAUUAACGAUUGGACUGCUUAGGUUCAGAUAAAUGACUACUUGUAAAAUGAUGGUUUAGUCACUGAACACUCUUUUUAUCAUGAGUAAAAGGAGGCUAUGGUGAACACUUACUAUACUAUGAAGUAGUAAACAUACUAGCCAGUCCUCAACAGGCUGAUCCCUCAUCAAGUAAAACACAGCAUCUUAUUGUGCAUAGGAACAUAGGAAGCUGCCAUAUACUGAGUCAGACCAUUGGUCCAUCUUACCGUAUUGUCUACACAGACUGGCAGAGGCUUCUCCAAGGUUGCAGGCAGGAAUCUCUCUCAGCCCUAUCUUGGAGAUGCCAGGGAAGGAACUUGGAGCCUAGAUGCUCUUCCCAGAGUGGCUCCAUCCCCUGAGGGGAAUAUCUUACAGUGCUCACACUUCAAGUCUCCCUUUCAUAUGCCACCAGGGUGGACCCUACUUAGCUUAAGGGGACAAGUCAUGCUUGCUACCAGAAGACCAGCUCUCUUCCCUGAGAGCUGGUCUUGUAGUAGCAAGAUUCCCUGAGAGCUGGUCUUGUGGUAGUAUAAUUCAUGCCAAGAUUGAUUCAUGCCAAGAUUCCCUGAGAGCUGGUCUUGUGGUAGCAUGAUUCAUGCCAAGUGGACAUAGCUUAGUGGUAGAGCUUUGUGUGUAAGUCUCAUGUUGAAUCCCUUGUACCCGCAUAGGAAGCUGGAAAUGCCUUCUGCCUGACAUCUUAGAGAACUGCUGUCAGAGUUGACAGUAAUGGGCUAGAUAGGCCAGUUGUCUAACCCCAUGCCCUAUAAAGGGUCACCUUGCACCAGUGUGUAUGUGUAUACUUGGCCAGAGCAAGUAUGCCAAAUUAAUGACAAGUUAGACACAGCACUAAGAUGUGUCAGAAGCUAUGGUGUAACCCAUUUAUUGAGGGAUUUUAGCAGUUUAUUGUCAAGACUUGCUGUUUGCUCUCUAGCCCUAUGCAGAUAUGGAAUGUGUGGAGAGGAGGAAUGCUAUGCUUGCUGACAAUGCUGCCUAGGCAUCUGCAUGUUCAGCACUUCUCUGCAAAUGACAGCACUGAACACAGAGCAGGUUCAGGUUCCAAAGAAUGUGAAGGGAAUCCUCCCCACAUUCACUGUUACAGAGAGGUACUGAACGCAUGGAUGACGGGGAGGAAUGGCCAUUGGCAUGGCUGGUUCGAUCCCAUACCUCUUACUCCCCCCGCACCCCCCCCCACACGUAUACAUAUACACACUCCAGAGUAAUGUUUCUCUAGGGUUUCUGUGUGAUGUCAUAAGGAACAUAUACAACACCAGAAGAUAGAAUUCUUUUAGUAUUUUGAGAACUCUGAAAGGUGAGGGUUGCCACCUCUUCUGCCUUCAACCACAGACCUAAUAAAGCUAUUUAUGAACUUUCUGUUUUGAAAAUUACACAUUCUCUUUGGGAGAGGUUGAGAAAUAGCUCUUGUGUUUCCUUUUUUCUCCCUCUUUCCCCUCUUGUAUUCUCAGUCCCCAUGGGAGAAAAAACGUUCUGUCUUCAGAACAAAUUUAGCAAAUGUUCCAUCUGUGAAAUAACUAGUUUUGGAAAAGAACCAAGAAUAUUGUGUGACGUUAUGAAAACCAUCAUAACAGAAUAAAAUUAAUUUUUGCUCUUGGUUUCAACCACUUCCUCUCCCUGGGCCUGACAUAGAGGGGAAGUGGGAGCUUUUAGAAAUGAACAGAGAAGACCUGCAGCAGAUAAGCAGUAGUUUGCCAGCUCACAUUGUAGCGAGACCCGUUUCUUGAGAUAGUUUGUGUGACGUGGAAUAAUGCCAUUUCAGGAUGAAGGACUCUUUACUUGCAGGCAAUGCUAAAGUCCAUGUCAUAACUGGGAAACACUGAGGUUAUUCACACAAUCAGAACCUCUGUUCUACCCGGGUUUAGGAACUGUGAGUGCGCCCAAUUUUCGGUUGGGCUUUCCUCCAAUGUUGCUUCCACACAAUCACUUCUACCCAGGUUUUCCUCCUACCUUGCUUCCACACAACCAAAAACUGGGAACACACACAGCUCCUAAACCCGGGUAGAACAGAGGUUCUGAUUGUGUGAAUAACCUCAGUGUUUCCCAGUUUUUGAUAGUGUGAAUGACCUCAAUGUUUUUUUGCAGCACAACACUGUCCCCAUGACAGUGUCCAUGUUCCUGUGCUAAAUCCAGGACAUCAGCUUUUGUCCAUUGCUUUUGAGAGAAAUAAUACUUUAAAAUAUUUAUUUAGAACAUGAUAUGAAUUCCUUUAUUCUGAAUAGUUUCAUUUCCUCUAGGGUCUUUGUAAGAUGUUCUGAAUAUCCCAUUUUCUAUGUGACUUGUGCCACCUGGUGGGGUAAUUGAAUAACUGAAGAGGGGAAAUGGAAGAAAUACAUUCAUUUAAAAUAAACUUUGGCUUAAUCUGUG